AAUUUUUUUAGUGUUUUCAGUUUUUAUAGAAAUGAAAAUCAUUAAAAAAAUAAAAAUUGUAGGGGCUUAAAAAAUAAAAAUUAUUUAAUCUUUUUGAAAUUAUGAAAAUUGAAUAUUGAAAACAUACUACAGGAAUUAAAAACAAAAUAUGAUGAAAUUGUGAGGGUUAAAUAUUGUGUAAAACAGUGUUCAAGUACAAUACGACCAGGUCAUCAUCAUCUGCCACAUUCAAACAAAUUGGUGGGGUCGACGUUUCUUUGUUGUGUCGGUUGAUCUCACAUAAAUGGGGAAGAGUAAAAGCCAUGCUUUCUCACAAAGAAGGAAUUUGCCUGUCGUGAUUUGUCAUGAAUUUACUAUCAAUGCAAAGCGCCCUCGCGGAUCACUCUAGCACCGCCUGCUGAGAAAUCACAUUCGUAUGAGACGGUCGCCUGGGAAGAAGGAAAAUGAUAUAUUCCGACUUUUUUUUUUUUGGGCCAAAAUAUAUUCCAACUUUGAAAUGCUAAAAUUAUGAUGUCGGUGAAAGAUUAGAUGAUUAAGCACAAAACUGUCUAAGCUUUGUUUUAUUUGCAAGACAUUGAUUUCCCAAAGCUGCGGUUAUCAAGGAAUAAAGGAAUGGCUGUUCCCACCAUCGACAUCUCAGCUUUCCUGAAACAAGGCGAUGAAGAUGGCAAAUCGAAAGCCAUAAGACAGAUAACGGAAGCUUGUUGUGAGUACGGUUUCUUUCAGAUCAUGAACCACGAGGUGUCCUUGGAGUUAAUGGAGCGAUGCCUGGAUCUAUCGAGGACGUUUUUUAAUUCUUCCGAUGAAGAAAAGCAAAAGAGCAGCCCUCGCUUCGACGGUCCACUUCCCGCCGGCUACAGUCGGCAACCUUCCCACUCCCCAGACAAGAACGAGUACUUGUUGGUUUUUCCUCCUGGAUCCGAUUUCAACGUCUACCCUCAAAACCCUCCUCGCUUCAGGGAAGCAAUGGAAGAAGUAUUUGAGGAGUUGAAGAAGGUGGGUAUGCUUUUGGAGGGCAUAAUAAAUGAGUGUCUGGGGAUGCCUCCAGAUGUCCUCAAAGAAUUUAAUGAUGACAGGAGCUGGGAUUUCAUGGUUGCCCUGCGUUACUUCCCAGCUUCUGAAAGUGAAGAUAAUGGAAUCACUGAACAUGAAGAUGGGAAUUGCUUUAGCUUCGUGAUUCCAGACCAAGUGGGAGGCCUCCAAGUUCGUCACGAUGGUGCCUGGAUUCCUGUUGUUCCUACACCAGGCACCAUCGUCUUCAAUAUUGCCGAUGUUAUCCAGAAGAUUGGGUUUGAUUGUGUUGAAACAUGGAAGGUGCUAAGCAACGAGAAAUUCAAGAGCGGGACGCACAGAGUGGUGAGAACAAAAGGGAAAAGCCGGUAUUCGUUAGUGUUCUUUUACAACUUGCACGGAGACAAGUGGGUGGAGCCACUGGCACAGUUCACAAAAGAGGCGGGAGAGGCACCAAAAUACAGAGGGUUUGUGUAUAAGGACUACCAGCAGCUUCGCGUCAGAAACAAGACUCAUCCACCCCCUUGUCCUCAGGAUGCCAUCAACAUCUCUCAUUAUGCAAUUACUCACUAGUUUUGCUUCCCUGCAUUCUGUCUAUGUAAGUAACAGAACCAUCUUUGUAUACCUGUGUUUAAUGAGCUUCUUGCUGUCAAAUUAUCUAUAGCGUACUUGAGAAUUGUCUGCCUCACUAAAAUAGCUUAAGCUACUUGGUUAAAUACAUUACAAAUUUUAUAUAUUCCUAUUCUAUGUUCUAA